AUGUCCUGGUCCUGGGGGACCCCAGCCACCUCAUCCACCUGUCUGUCCAUGGAGAGCCCCAUCCACCUCAUCCAAUGUCUGUUGGAGAGCCCCAUCCACCUCAUCCAUCUCUCUGUCCUGGAGGACCCCAUCUACCUCAUCCAGGUGUCUGUCCUGGAGGACCCCAUCCACCUCAUCAAUCUAUCUGUCCUGUGGGACCCCAUCCACCUCAUCCACCUGUCUGUCCUGGAGGACCCAUCCACCUCAUCCAGAUGGCAUCCUGUCUCCUCCAGCAGAGAGAUCCACACUAAAGGGCACAGAGCUUGUGACCACCCACCCACACUGGAAGCACAAGUGGAGCUGGAAGGCUCCUGGCUGGGCAAGCAGUGUGAGCAGGAGCAUGGAGGCUGCAUGAGGGCCCAUAGAGCUGCCGCGGGAGAGCUCAGAGGCCUGUCAUUUCCAGUUUUGAGAUUUUCCCGUCGCUGCUGUGAUGAGACUCUGGGGACCUCUUGCUGCCUGCUAGAAGCUUCCUCUCUGCCCGCAUACCAGACUCUCCUUUCUCUGUCUCUUGCAGGAGCCUUGAACCUGGACAGUCCAUGGCUGAUGGUCUCUGUAGCUCACAGGUUGUACUGGCCACACAGAGCUGUGUUCCAAGCUGUCCUGGAGCUGACGCUGGGCAAGGCCUGGACCCUAAAGGACCUGGUGGUCAGUGUGGCCUGCAGCAGUCAGGGUCCCACCAGGGAAGGCAAGAUUGAGAUCUAUACUCCAGCUACCACCUACCUCCAGGUUUCCAUGGUGAUGGUCUUGGCACAGAGCCUCUUCCACAGCUGGAGCAAACUCGAGUCAGCCUGGAACACAGCAGUGGAGGGUGAGAUCCAUGCUGAGAACAGCUGGGGCCGUAAGAUCCUGCACUGCUGGUUGAAAGGCCCCCAGCGGGAGCUCAACCUUACAGCAGCCUAGAGGCGUCUGGAGCAGCCACGGAAGACCCAGGUGUCACUGAUGGCUCUGAGGACCGGUGCCCAUGGCCAGCCUUGGGGCCUGCAGUUGGAAGGCGAGCUGGAGGAGCUGAGGCGAGACAGGACUUUGUACCAGAAACGGGGGACCUUGCUCUUUAGGCACCCCUUGCAGCUGCCCAUCCCGCAGAGCCUCGUCCUGCAGGGGACCUUCACGGCUGACAGGCAACGCGAGUGCUAUUCCCUGGAGACAAGGGUUGUCUUGAACGGCCGAGAGGAAACCCUGCAGACUGUUGUCCUGGGCUACCAGGCCAGACACCCCUAUGUCUGUGCAGGUCUGACACAUCCAUAUGAUGGCACAGCCAUCCCCAGGAACACAGAGGGGUGCCUGGUUACUUGGAAUCAGCACAAGGCUAAGACAAGGGAGGUUGAGGCCACUUUGAAAGUCAAGUGGAAAGUUGUACUGCACUUAAAGGGUUUGCAUCACGACAGAUCUCAGCGCGGGGAAAGCCGGCACAGCCUAGCCCUGGACUUGGCCCAUUCCUACCAGCUGAGCUUCCCCCAGGCCCUGAGCUUGGAUGGGGGCAUCAUCUUUAGACAGAGUCCUCCAGGAACGUUCAGUUUUGGCGUGGAUACUCGAGCUGCCAUCAACCACGUCACAUCCCAGGUCUCGGUCCAGCUGAACAGAUCUGACUCCAACUUUGCGUUUUUCUUCCAACUCAGACAUCCCCACAGACCAUCAUUUCCUCCAAACUUCCAGGUGCAGGCAGCUGCCGGGCACUACAGAAUGCGCAGCCUCAAUAGGUUUCUAUCUGUGCGAAUGUCUGGCUGGGAGCUGGUUCUGCUGGAGGUCGACGCCAGCCAGGACACUCGAAGGAGCGGCCGGGGCUGGGGCGGGAGUGUCCUUCUCCACCAGGCUGUCUUCAGCGCCCCCAGGGCUGUUCGGCUGCAGCUGUUUGGAAAGAUCACCCCAGCAAGGAUUUGGCUGUUUUCCAAGGCACUACUGGACCAGAACAUGGCACAGCUGCUCCUCAAGGCAUCUGAGGAAAGGAGGGGAGGCCAGGUCCUGACCUUACAGAGCCAAACCCGGCACACGGUGGCUGGCUGGGCAGCGAUGCCCCACCUCCUGACACUCGCAGGAAGGCUGAAGCAGAAGGAGACACUUUGAGAGGGCACCCUCAGAGUCACUGCUGACUCAGCUGUGCUGGGUUUCCUCCUGCGGGACAAGCAUGAGAAGGCAGGGAAUGGCACCAGCGUGCGCAGCGUGACCUGUGUCCUCACCCAGAACAGCAGCCAGGCCUUGCCUGCAGAGCUCCAGUUGAAGGGCCAGCUGCAGGCCCAGAGGAAAAACCUGAGGGCCCAGGCCAGCAUCCGGACCCACGCGGCCAGCCUGGCUCUAGGUGGAGCUUGUACCUGGGGCCCCGGGCACAGCCAGCUUGGAGGUGGCCUGACGCACAAUAUCAGUACGCUGCGUGAUGCAGGACUCCCCUCUAAGGCAGAGGCGCUCCUUUUUCUCACCCACGUGUCUUCCAACUGCUCAGCACGCCUGGCACUGUGGAAUGCGAGGGGUCAGCUAGACGCUGCCCUUGGCCUAGAGGGCCUGACCCCGGAGUCCCCGAGCUGCCAGCUCCAUGCUAGCUUCCAUCAUAUCCACAAUGUGCCCAGCCUCAAGCACUGGGGCCUCCCCUUCUCCAUAGACGGCUACAGGCACUUCCAGAGUGUGGGACGCAAUCUGGCAGCCGGGCUGACAGUGAACUUGGAUGGCGAGCAGCUCCACGCAGCCCUGGAGAGGAAGGCAGAGGGCAGCUGCCAGGGGCUGGUGCUGGGGCUGCACCACGGCCUCUCGGGGCUACAGGGCACACUGCCCUCCAGCUAGAGGUGAGUCAACUGCAGCGGAGACGCCUCAUCCAUCCAGCUGUUAGGACCCUGCCGAGGGGACAUCGCUGGGCAGCCUCUCGAGGUCUUCACGGACAUUCACAACGGCAGCUUUGGCUUUGAGCAUUCUGGACGCAUCCUGAUGGGACCCACAUCUCUCAACUACUCUGUGAGCUACUGUUACCAUGACGGGCACCUGGAGCUCUCCGGCCAGAGCUGGCACAACAGUGAGGCCUUGUUGUGGGCAGGAUUCCCAGGCGAGGCCUCCCUGCACGCAGAGCUGCAGAUACAUGAGUCCCAGAGCCAGGCCAACGUGGCCCUCCGUGGCAGGGACGGUGGUGUCAGUAUGGACCUGGCAGCUCUAGUGGCUUGGCCACCGCUCGGCCCGCUGCAGAUGGUGGCCAAUGCCAGCCACACAGUGCCUGCUCUGCAGAGGCUGGGCCUGCCCUUCUCCAGCCAGCUCGUAUUCCUAGGACUCUGGGCAGCAGAAGAGAUGAGCUCCUCUCUGCGUCUGACCUGCAAUUCUCAGGCCACCUUGGUCCUUGAUGUCCAUGGCCAGAACCAGGCAGUCAGCAAAGAGCUGCUGCUCUCAGGCUGGCAUCGCCUCCCCUCCCUCCUGGGCCGCUGCCCCAGCUCAGCCUCAGUCUCAGCUAAGCUACACUACUCCAGAGGUGAGGUUCAGAGCACGUUUGCCUUGGGCGUGGAGGAGCAUCAUUUUCACAUCAGCACCCAGCUGGUAGCUGCUAAAGUGAGUCUUGCCAACUUCAUGAAGCUGGAACAUUCCUUCCUGCAGCUCAGUGCCCUUCCCAGGGAGCUGGUCCUGCAGACCACAUACAAGUGAGCUCAUGGGACCCGUGUCCCCCACGUGGUACUGUGGGAUGGUCAGAAGUUGGCCCUCACUGUGAGCCUCUCCAGGCCUUUCAGGAACCUCAGCCUGCAGGUGGAGCUCACCCACCCGAUGCCCCUCCCCCUGCCUCGACACUGCAGCCUCCGCCUGUCCUCAGAGCAUUCGGGAGGCAGCCACCGGGACGGCCUGGUUGUCAGCUGGGAUGGCAGGGACCAGGUGCUGGUCUCCUCCUCCCUAUGGCUGGGGAAGAAUGAGCUGGCUGCCCGCCUGGCCCUGGCUCACCUGUUCAAUGUCUCCUGGCAGCAAGCCGAGGCCAGUGGCCUUGCUGAGAGCAGGGAUGGCAGGCAGAGCCAGCAGGUGCAACUCACCUGGAACGGAGGACAGCCUGUGACCCUGCAGCUUGCCUGAGCCAACAGGUUCUCAGCACACAGCACCACCUGGGACGGCUGCUUGGCUUCCUCCCCAGGGCAGCUCCAGGAAACCUUGGGCCUGGACCCCAUCCGGGCCUGUGGCGUCAUAACACAGACCCAAGACAUGUUCAUCGAACAGCUUGACCUGUCCUGGGUCCAGCAGCGCAUGCGGCAGAACUUGACAUACAAGAGGCAUUGGCCAUCUCAGCCGGACAAGAUCAUCAUGGAGGCCAUGCUGGAGCAUGUCCCUGGGGCCUCUUGUGUCCGGCAGAGCUUCCAGGGAGAAGUACAGACUGACUAUGCACACUGGCUGCGGCACUCCCUCCACCUGGGGCUCUGCGACCUGCCCAGGACCCUCUUGGUCUCCGGGUAGCACAUCCUGGGCCGGGGUGAGCUCCUGCUGCAUUCCUGCUGCCAGGUGGGCCGCAUCCCAGCCCCAGACCACGGCUUGCACCUCAGCCUGACCCUCCGAAACCACAGCAGGCCUCAUUCGCCUGAUUUCUCCGGGGAGCUGGAGGUAGGUGGCCAGGACCCGGCUGACAGUCCCUGGGGAAGAUGCGCUGACUUCCCUCCCGCUCCUCCCUAUGGCCCCAGGACAGACAAGGGACAGAUUCAGGGAGGUCAGGCACUCUUUAAGGCUGCACAGAGGCAGGGAGCUAUGGAAAGUGGUGGAGAAGUAAGCAGCUGGAAACAUCAGGGUGCCCCAGCAGGUCCUCUUCUGGCUCCAGGGGACAGAGAAGAGAAUGUGGUGCUGCGGGCGUGUGCCGACCGGCAGACAGCGGAAGUGGAGGUCCUGUUCCGGGAUGGCAGGCAGCCCUUCCAGCCCCUGGGCUGCUUAACCGUGCAGGCUGCCAACUACAGCCUCCUGCUGGCUGCGCACGGCUGCCAGGGGCACCUGCUGGGCCAUGUGGAGUCCAGGAUUGCAGCAGUUGGCUCCCAGGUGCAAGCCCAGCUGGAAGAGAAGGUUCGAGGCUUUGGUGCCUCUCUGAGAAGGUUGCAGCACCUGGUACAGCUGGGAGGCACCCUGAAUGGCCUGGGAGGCUUCCUCCUACAGCUGUCCCAGGCAGGGCUGGAGGCUGUGCAGAUGAGUGGUUGGGUGGUCACCACCUUGUGGGGCCACAGCCAGGCCAGGCAGGCACUGACACAGUACCUGCCUCUUUACCUGGACCGGCUGCAGGUGGGGCUGAAGCAGCUGUAGAACAAACUGGAAUGGCCCCUGGCUACACUGAAGGACGCCUACCUGGAGGUGAUGCUGCAGCCCCUGGAGGAGGUGUGGCAGGAGCCGGCUGAGGAGGCCAUGUGGUGGCUGCAGACCUGGGUACCUGGAAUGCCAGGCAACGGGGGUCCCAGGCUCAUCAGGCUGGCCAUGGGGGCCGUGAAAGGCGCCCUGGAGCUGGUGGCCCACCAGAUGCUGUCCUGGGCUGAGGCCACAUUCUCACGGGCACUGAAGAGGCUCUGCAAACCCCUGCUGGACCUGUAUGACCUCGCAGCCAGGAACUACUCAGUGGUGGUGACGUUGCCACUGCUGCCUUGGGGGGAUGAGUCCCUGGACAUGGCCCGGGUGACCAGCUACCUGGUGGAGGAGAAGCUGCUGCGGCCGCUCCGAGAGCUGUCAAGGGCCAACAUGCUGGCCGAGUUCUUCUGGCUCAGACGCCACCUGCUGCCAGGUCCCUGGGAGUGUGAGUCCUGCCCGGGCUGUGCUGCCCUCCUCCCUGGGAGCCCCCUGCCCCAUGGGCACAGCAGUAGGGCCAUGCAGGGGCAGGUACUGUGGGGGCACAGGGAAGCCUGCAGAGGGGCGGGCCUGGAUUCCACCACUCAAGCUGAGGACAUGGGGAGGGGAUGGAGGGACACACACUGUCCUCAGUCCCUGUGCUUUCUCCAGGGUGGAAGUGGCUGGAUUCUACCAAUCCUCCAUGUGACUCAGGCUCGUCUCGCAUACAGCUCCCCUGGGGGAGGAUCACGGGUUCUCAGGACCUCCUCAGCUUCCCUCCUCCCCACAGGCAUAUCUGCUGGCCUUCUGGGCACCAACGACAAUGAAGCAGGCAAUGAGCUGAUGUUGCUGGAUGGCUCUGUGGCCCACAGCCUGGAGGAACUCAGCCUGGCCUGGCAGGUGGAUGGUGACUGCAGGGCCACUGAGAAGACUCAGCAGGCCUGCCCAGGACAGAGUCCCACCUGCUUGGCCUUCUUCCAGGACCCCCAAUCCAGCUUGGGGAACUGCUUCCGGGUGGUGGACCCUGCACCAUUCCUCAGCCUGUGUGUGCAGGACCCCUGUGGCACCUGGGAGCUCCAGCCUGCCUGCACUCUGGUGGCCGCCUACAUCCACCUGUGUGCCCACAGCUUUGUGCCCCUGGCCCCUCCUCCACAGUGUGCGGCAGAGUAUCUGCAAGGGAGACCACAUUUUGCUCUCUGAAAGACUCAAUUUGGAAGAUGGAAAGAUAAGCUACAGAUUGGGAAAAACCUUUACAAACCACCUAUCAGACCAAGGACUCAUCUCCAGAGACUCAUCUCUAUAAUACACAAAGAACUCAAAGCUCAAAAGCAGGCCAGGUGCCGUGGCUCACGCUUGUAUUCCUAGCACUUUGGGAGGCUGAGGCAAGAUGGCUUGAACCCGGGAAGUCAAGGCUACAGUGAAUCAUGAUUACACUCCUGGCUGCAUUACAGACUGAGACCUUGUCUCACAAAACAAAACCUCCAAAGUACAAAAUGGGAAAUAAAUGCAUGAACAAUGUUUUCCUUCCCAGCCAUAGAGAAACAAGGUAAUGCUACACACCUGAGCUGCAGUGAGUUCCGGCAUGGGUUGGUGAGUUCUAGGGACUUCGCAGCAUAAAGCAUUAGUUGAACAUCCAAAUGGCCAGGUUGUGAUCUCAGCAUCCACUGCUGAGUGUACUAGAAAAAGCACUGUUCUAGUACCAAAAAGGUGGUGGCUGCUGAGAAAAAAGCGAGGUUAGAGGCAGGAAUCAAGGUCAUGGUCUACCAACCAGCUCCUCUCGGGAAGCAUCACUGGACUCAUGAAGUGCCAAGACAGGAGGUGGUGUGGCUCCACAGGAAGCUUGGAGAAUCUGGGAUUCAAAGUCAAUCACUUGUUGUUCUAACCAUGUAAAUACAAAACUGUCAGCUACUACAGCGAUUAACAGAACAUAUGGGAGGACAGGAAACUCAGAAGAUUUACAGCCACAGGGUAACAAUGGACUAUUAUCUGCAGUUAAGGUCCUCUCCCUUCCUCUUGGGGUUUAUUUAUUUAUUUAUUUAUUUUUGAGACGGAGUUUCGCUCGUCACCCAGGCUGGAGUGCAAUGGCGCAAUCUCGGCUCACUGCAACCUCAGCCUCCUGAGUAGCUGGGAUUACAGGCACGUACCACCAGGGGUUUAUUUUUUUGAGAUGGAGUCUUGCUCUGUUGCCCAGGCUGAAGUGCAGUGGAGCAAUCUCAGCUCACUGCAACCUUCUCCUCCUCGGUUCUAUCAAUUCUCCUGCCACACCCUCCUAAGGAGCUGGGAUUACAGGCACGUGCCACCAUGUCCAGCUAAUUUUUUUGUGUUUUUCGUGGAGACGGGGGUUGCACCAUGUUGGCCAGGAUGGUCUCAAACGUCGGACCUCGUGAUCUGCCUGCCUUGGCCUCCCAAAGUGGUGGGAUUACAGGUGUGAGCCACCGUGUCUGGCCGGGUUUAUUUAUUUUAAGUCAAGGGCUAAAUUCUUCCCCUCUCUUGGACACCAGUGAAGUAUUUAAGAAAAGCAGUCACCAAUUACAGUUAACUUUUGAAGGACAAAUUUAAAGGUGGUUGUAAGUUACAAAACAAAGGCAUCUUAUGAACUCUCAUAGGAAAAAAAGAAUAUUAAGGCACUUUUUAUUGGUUUUGAGAUAAGGUCUUGCUCUGUCCUCCAAGGUGGAGCACAGUAAUGCAGCCUCCCAAGUAGUUGGGAUUAUAGGCAUCUGCCAGCAUGCUUUUGCAUUUUCAGUAGAUACGGGGUGGGGGGGUUUCAUCAUGUUGGCCAGGCUGGUCUCUAACUCCUGACCUCAUGUGAUCCUUCCACCUAGCACCUGACCAAAGAAAUUAAGACAUUCAAAGAUAAACAAACAAAAGCUGAGAUAGUUCAUUACAUUGGGACCUGCCCUGCAGAAAUGCUAAGGGGAGUCUUUCAAGUCAAAAUAAAACGAUGCUAGAUAGACAUUUGAAGACACAUAUAAAGACCUGUAUUAUAGGAAUUUUGAUCCAUAUCUCUAAUUUUAACUAUUUUAUUAGAGUUAAAAGAGAUUUGUAACUGUAAGCCUAUGUUAAAUAGUAAUUUAUUUUUUAAAAAAUUAGGCAUGGUGACGUGUACCUGUAGUUUCAGCUAUUGAGCAUCGCUUCAGUCCAGGGGCUUCAGGUUACAAUGAGCAAUGACAGUCACACUGCACUCCAGCCUGGGUGACAGAGUGAGACCCUCUCUGCAAGAUAUACUUUGUAACAUCAACAACAUAGGACAGGGCAGAACUGUCAAGGAGUAGAGUAUUUGUAUGUGAUUGAACUUACUAGUUUAAAAUCAAUUGCUAUAACUUCAGAAUGUUUUAUAUAAUCCUUAUGGUAAUUACAAAGAAAAUAUCUACAGAAUGUACACAAAAGGAAACGAGAAGGGAUUCUAAGUGUGUCACACAAAAAAAUCAAACACAAAGGCAGGCAGAAGGAAGGAAAUGAGAGAAAACCAUAAGCCAUGCAGAAAACAAUCCAGAGUGUCAUGGGGAAGCCCUGUAAAUCAUGUGCUGGGGUCCUCCCAGAGCAACUGCUCACCUUAGGCCUUGGCUGUGGGUCUCAUGGCACAGUCACCCACCAUGCUAGUGAGUUUCAUCAGAUGAUAAUCUUUAAAAAUGCAAAUUAUUUAUACAAUCAAAAGACUAAGAGACACAUAGGAGGUUGAAAGUGAAAGAAUGAAAAAAGAUACUCCAUGCAAAUGGUAACUGAAAAGAGGAGGAGGAGCUAGACUAAUCAGACUAAAUACACUUAAGGUCAAAAGCUGUUAUAAGAGAUAAUAAUAGUCAAUUCACCAAAAAGAUGCAACACUUAGAAAUGUACAUGCAACGCACCUCAGAGCUCCUAAAUGUGUGAAGCAAACACUGACAGACGAAAGGAGAAACAGUUCUAUGAAAACCGUAGGAAAUUUCAACACCUCAGUUUUUGUUUUUGUUUUUUUUUUGGAGACAGACUCUCUGUUUCCCAGGCUGGAGUGCAGCCGCAACCUCCUGAAUUCAAGUGAUUCCCAUGCCUCAGUCUCAGAGUAGCUGGGAUUACAGGUAUAUGCCACCAUGCCCAGCUAUUUUUAGUAGAGACAGGGAUUCACCACGUUGGCCAGGCCGAUCUCAAACUCCUGACCUCAAGUGAUCCAACGCCUUGGCCUCCCAAAGUGCUGGCAUUACAGGCAUGAGUCACCUCGCCCAGCCCAAUAACUCACUUUCAAUAAUGGAUAUAACACCCAGACAGAAGAUCAAGAAGCAAACAGAGGGCUUGAACGAUACUAUAGACAAAUUGGACCUACCAGACAUACACAGAUGAGUUCACCCAGCAGCAGAAUAUACAUUCUUCAAAGUACAUGUGGAAUGUUCUCUGGGAAAAAUCAUAUUAGGCCUCAAAGCAAGAUUUAAUACAUUUUAAAUGACUGAAAUCAUAGCAGAAGGAAAACCAGAAUAUCCACAAAUACGGGAACUAAACAACAUACUACAAAACUACCAAUCACAGAAAAAAGGAAAAUUAGAAAGUAUUUUGAGACACAACAAUGUAUCAAAUCUUAUGGGAUGCAGCAAAAGCAGUACUAUGAGGGAAAUUUAUAGCUGUACACCCUUACAUUAAAAAAAUGCUGGCUGGAGGUGAUUCACAUCUGUAAUCCCAGCACUCUGGGAGGCUGAGACAGGCAGAUAACCUGAUGUCAGGAGUUUAAGACCAGCCCGGCUAACAUGGGGGAAACCCUAUCUCUACUAAAAAAUUAGCCAGGCAUGGUGGCAAGCACCUGUAAUCUUAGCUACUUGGGAGGCUGAGGCAGGAGAAUCAUUUGAACCCAUGAGGAGGAGGUUGCAGUGAGCUAAGAUUGUACCACUACACUCCAGCCUGGGUGACACAGCUAGACUCCAUUUCCCCCCAUUCACACACACACACACACAAAAAGCAGCAGCCAGGCAUAGUGACACUGUUCUAUAAUCCCAGCUGCUUGGAAGGCUGAGGCCAGGAGAUUGCUUGAACCCAGGAGUUUGAGACUAACUCAGCAAGUGGCAAGACCCUCUGUCAAAUAAAAGAAAAAGGAAAAGCUCUCAAACCACAAUCCUAACUUUGUACCUUAAAUUAUCCGAAAAAGAACAACAGCCUAAACCCAAAGCUAGGAGAAGGAAGGAAAUACUAAAGGUUAAAACAGAAAUAAAUAGAAGAUGAAUUGGUGACCAAAAACGUGACAAGAAAGUACAAGAACAGACGGCCUCAUGGGUGACUUGUACCAAACAUCUACAGAGCCAAUCCCAAUCCUGCCCAUCGUCUUCCAAAAUCCUGAGGGAAGAAUGCCUCCAAACUCAUUCUGUGAGACAUACCAAAGGCAGACAAAGCAGCAGAAGAAAACACACCACUAUCCCACAAUACAGAUGCAAAAGUGCUCAAGAAAAUACGAAUGAGAAUUCCACAGUGUCACAGAUGAAUUAUACAACAUGAUCAAGUAAGAUUUAUCCCUGGAAUGCAAAGGUGGUUACUAUAUAAACAUCAAUAUAAGAUAACACAUUAACAGAAUGAAGGAAAAAAACACAUGACAAUUUGUUUCAACUAGUACAGAAAAAGCAUUUAAUGAAGUUUAAUAUCCUUUCAUGAUUAAAAACAUACUGACUAAAAAUCGAAACAACCUCAAUGUACUAAAGGUCAUAUGAACAACCUCUAGCUAGUAUCAUUCUCAAUGAUGAGAGACAAAGUUUUCCAAGAUGAGGAAUAAAAUAGUGAUGCCUGCUUUCAUUAAUACUGGAAAUCCUAACCAGAGCUAAUAAGAAAGAAUGGAAAAAGAAAAUGCAUCCAAAUUGGAAAGGAAGAAGUAAAAUUUUCUGUUAACAAACGAUGUGGUCGUCUUUGUAGAAAAUCCUGAAGACUGCACAAAAUAAACUGUUAGAACUAAUAAUUUGUCCAAGUUUCAGGAUUACGAAAUCAACAUACAGAUGUCAGUUGCAUUUCUACAGACUAACAGUCAACAAUCCAAGAAGGAAAUGAAGAAAACCGUUCCUGCUGGCUUGGUUGUGGAUGCCUACAGUCCCAGCUACUUGGGAGGCUGAGGCAGGAGAAUUGCUUGAGCCUGGGAGGUCAGUGCUGUCAGUUUUUAUAAUAAUUAUGCCUGUGAAUAGCCACUGUACCCCAGCGUGGGUGACAUAGUGAGACACUAUCCUUAAAAAAAAAAAAAAAAAAAAAAAAAAGUUUACAAUAGCAUCAAAAGAAUAAAACAGGAAUAAACUCAACCAGGAGGCAAAGACUCUGGCAGGAUUUUGAGUUCCAGAGACCCGUUCUGUAACAAAUCUAAAGGCAUCUCAUAGUUAUGGAUUAUACAGCUUAGUUUCGUUAAAAUGUCAAUACAACUGAAAGUGAUCUACAGGUUUAGUUUAAUUGCUCUCAAAAUCUCAGUGACAUUUUUUCUUCAAUUAUAGAAAAAUCCAUCCUUAUAAAUUGUAUAAAGUUUAUAUACAAUUUCAAGAGAUCCCAAAUGGUCAAAGCAAUCCUGAAAAAAAUAACGAAGUUGGAAGUCUUACUUCUCAAUUUCAAAAUGUAUUAUUAAAAGCUACAGUGGGCUGGGCAUGGUGGCUCACGCCUGUAAUCCCAGCACUUUGGGAAGCUGAGGUGGGCAGAUCACGAGGUCAAGAGAUUGAGACCAUCCUGGUCAACAUGAUGAAACCUCAUCUCUACUAAAAAUACCAAAAUUAGCCAGGUGUGGUGGCACAUGCCUGUGGUCCCAGCUAUUCAGGAGGCUUGGGAGGCUGAGGCGGAAGAAUUGCUUGAAUCCAGGAGACAGAGGUGGCAGUGAGCCGAGAUUGCACCACUGCACUCCAGUCUGGUGACAGAGCAAGACUCUGUCUCAAAAAAAAAAAAAAAAACUACAGUGGUCAAAAGUGUGGUACGGCAGUAAAGAAUACAGAUACCAGUAGAAUGGAAACAGGGUGCAGAAGGAAACUCUUACACAUACCAUCAACUGAGUUCAUAAGGAUGCCAAGACUAUUCAGUCAGGGAAGGGACAGUCUUUCAACAAAUGGUGUGGGAAAAUUACCUAUCCACAGGCAAAAGAAUGAAGCUAAAGCCUUGCCUUAUAUCAUGUUAAAAAAAAAAAGAAAAGAAAACCUCAAUAAUGAAUGAAAGACCCAAGUGUAAGAUCUAAAACUACACAAUUCUUGUUUUUUUGAGAUGGAGUCUUGCUCUGCUGUCCAGGCUGGAGUGCAGUGGCGUGAUCUUGGCUCACUGCAACCUCUGGCUCAGCCUGCCAAGUAGCUGGGAUUAGAGGCGCUCACCACCACACCUAGCUAAUUUUCGUAUUUUUAGUAGAGACAGGGCAUCUUGGUCAGGCUGGUCUUGAACUCCUGACCUCAUGAUUCACCUGCUUCGGCCUCCCAACGUGCUGGGAUUAUAGGCGUGAGCCACGGUUCCCAGCUGACAACUCUUAAAACAUAGAAGGAGAGCUUCCUUUGCCAAUGAUUUCUUAGAUAUGUCACCAAAGGCCCAAACAACAAAAGGAAAAGUAGACAAAUUGGAUUGCAUCGAAGGAUACUAUUAACAGAGUGAAAAGGCAACCUACAGAAUGACAGGACAGAUGUGCAAAUUACAUGUGCAAGAGUUCCCAUCUAGAAUAGAUUAAAGCAAUCUCACAAUCCAACAACAAAACACAACUAACGCAGUUCAAAAAUGUGCAAAGGACGUGAAUAGAAAGUCCACCAAAUAAGAGAUGCAAAUGGCCAAUUGGCACAUAAAUAGAUGCUCACCAUCACUAAUUAUUAGGGAAACAAACCAAAACCAUGGGAGAGGCUGGGCAUGGCGGCUCAUGCCUGUAAUCCCAGCACUCUGAAAGGCCAAGGUGGGCAGAUCACUUGAGGUCAGGAGUUUGAGACCAGCCUGGCCGACAUGGUAACAUUGCAUCUCUACUAAAAAUAGAAAAAUUAGCUGUGUGUGGUGGCAUGUGCCUGAAGUCCCAGAUGCUCGGGAGGCUAAGACAGAAGAAUUACUUGAACCUGGGAAGCGUAGGUUUCAGUGAGCCAAGAUUACACCACUGAACUCUAGCCUGGGUGACAGAGCGAGACUCCUCCUCAAAAAAAGAAAAAAGAAGACCUAUAUGGAGAGGCCACCUCAGACUCAUUAGGAUGGCUGUAAUCAAUACAGAAAAUAACAAGUGUUAGUGAGGACGCUGAGCAGUUGGAACCCUUGUGUGCUCUUACCGGGAGUUUAAGAUGGAGCUGCAGCUAUGGAAAACAGUAUAGCAAUUCAAAAAGUUAAAAAUAGGCCAGGCGCAGUGGCUGACACUUAUAAUCCCAGCACUCUGUGAGGCCGGGGCAGGUGAAUCACUUGAGGCCAGGAGUUCGAUACCAGCCUGGCCAACAUGCUAAAACUCCAUCUCUACUAAAAACACAAAAACGAGCCAGGUGUAGCAGUGCAGUUCUGUAAUCCCAGCUACUCCGGAGGCUGAGGGAUAAGAAUUGCUUGAACCCAGGAGGCAGAGGUUGCAGUGAGCCAAGAUUGCACCACUGCAUUCCAGCCUGGGUGACAGAGCAAGACUGUGUCUCAAAACAAAGAAUUACCAUAUAAUCCAGCAUUUCCACUUCUGGAUUGUAGUACCCGCUACGAUUCAAAGGGCCUCAAGCAUGUAUACACUGAUGUUCAUACCAGCGUUGUUGAGAGCAAAUUUUGACAUGUGUGAGAAAUCAUAUUGUUUGCUGAGAAAUCCUAUUGAGAGCGGCGGCAAGGGAAACAUAGCCCCUCCAAGCGGAAAACUGCCCCCAAAGCAGAAAACUGCUCCAAACAUUAUACAACAGUCACCAAUGUAAAUAUGCCUCACGCCAGAUGAAUUAGUUCUUUGAACACAGGAUACCUGACCCUUUCCUUUGGUCCCUCGUAAAGAGCGCUUUCUAGUUUGACUUUAACCUAUAGUAAACACACACUAGCUGCCUGGUUAGUUUACCUUUAACCAAUGAAAGAACACAGAGCAUCCACUUGUCAAACUUGCACUGGAAAGUCAAGAAUAAAUACAUAGGUCAGAGUCUGCUCUGGACUCUCAGCUGAAAAUGCUGAGACCCCUGGUGCUCCACUCUGAACCCACCUUUUGCUCUCUA